AUGAGUCAAAACAAAAAUCAGAUUUCUUUAUCGGCUAUAGAAGAGGUUUUUGACCGCAAACUUCUGCCAAUUGCGAUGAAACUUGAUCAAUGUGUUACAACUGUAGAAGGUCUAGUUCAAUCUGUAUCUGUAAUAAGUGAUAAAUUUGAUGAAAUUUCAACAAAAGUUGAAGACCUGGAAGGAAAGUAUAUGAAGGUGAACCAAGAAAACAAAUUUCUAAAGGAUGAAGUUUUUCGACUAUCGAACAGCUUGAACUCUGUUAAAGAAGACAUUGACAAUUUCGAACAAUAUUCUAGACGCGUAUGUAUUGAAGUAAGUGGUGUACCUGUGACCACUGAUGAAGACACAAGUGAUUUAGUUGUUGAACUGGGUUCAAUUAUUGGUUUAAAUAUCAAAAGAGAAGAUAUUUCCGUCAGCCAUCGCUUGCCUGUCAAAAUGUAUAGUCAAGCAAUCCAGAAUAAAGAUACAUUAAAUCCUGGAAGGUAUAAUAUUCCAAGGAUUACAGUCAAAUUCGUACGUAGAGAGAUCAAAGAUCAAUUUUAUUACAGUCGUAAAAAAUUAAAAGACAAAACUACGAGAGACCUGGGAUUAUCUCGAUUCGCAGAAAAUAAAAUUUACAUAUCGGAAAGUCUCAGUCGAAAAAAGAAAGAAUUAUUUAACAAGUGCCUCAAAUUUAAGCGUGAAUGGUAUUUUAAGUUCAUAUGAACAAACUCUGGGAAGAUUUAUCUUCGAAAAGAUUCGACAAGCCCUGUAAGAAUAAUAUCUUCAUUCAAGAAUCUGGAAGAUCUACGACCAUAAUGUGGUUUCGACGGCAAGAUAA